AUGGGUUUCAAGUUCAACCUCCGCAAGCGGCAUGAGCAGGAGGAUGCUCUGCCCGAAGUCGUCGACGGCCACGAUUUGCCCGGCGAGGAGGCCGGUGCGACGGCCAGCGGUGCCGAGGCCCUCAACACACUGAAGCACUUUGAGCGCAUGCACCACCUCGACCCCAACCUGCCCAUCGAGGAGCUCAACGAUGUCGACAACGCCAUCAACACUGGCAACGUCGAGAAGGGCCUCGUCGUCGAGCAGGGCAUCAUCGAGGACAACUCGCCGUACCCCGAGGUGCGCGCGUCCGUCCGCAACUACGACGUCGACCUGCCGGCCAACACCAUCCGUGCCUGGACCAUUGGCCUGAUUCUGUGCACCGUCGGGUCCGGCGUCAACAUGCUCUUCUCGCUGCGCAACCCCAGUGUCUCCGUCACCACCUACGUGAUCCAGCUGGUCGCCUACCCCAUCGGUCUGCUGUGGGAUCUCAUCUUCCCCGACCGCGUCUGGAACCUCUUUGGCCUCAAGUUCAACCUGCGCCCCGGCAAAUUCAACUUUAAGGAGCACGUUAUUAUCGUUGUUAUGUCCAAUGCCGCUUAUGGUGGUGGCGCCCUGUACGCUACGGAUGUCAUCAUCGCCCAGCAAGUGUGGUACAAGCAGUACUUUGGCUGGGGCUGGCAGAUCCUUUUCGGCAUCACCACGCUCUGCACGGGCUACGGCAUUGCCGGGCUGUCGCGCCGCUUCCUCGUGUGGCCCGCUGCCAUGAUCUGGCCCAGCGACCUGGUCAACGCGGCGCUCUUCUACACCCUGCACGACCACUCGGGCUCCGACCCGGCCAAGACCAACGGCUGGAGCGUCGGUCGCUACCGCUGGUUCUUGAUCGUCUUUGGCGGCUCCUUUGUCUGGUACUGGUUCCCCGGCUGGAUCUUCCAGGGCCUGAGCUGGUUCUGCUGGAUCACCUGGAUCUGGCCCAACAGCCGCAUCGUCAACCAGCUGUUUGGCGGUCUCUCCGGCUACGGCCUGUUCCCCUUGUCCUUUGACUGGACCAUCAUCUCCGGCUACCUGCUGUCGCCCCUGAUCCCGCCCUUCUACGCCAUUGCCAACAUGAUGUUUGGCAUCGUCGUCUUCUUCGUCAUCAUCUCGAGCGGCCUGCACUUCACCAACACCUGGUACGGCGCCCACCUGCCCGUCCAGAGCUCCAGCGCCUUCGACAACACCGGCGCCGUCUACAACGUCACCCGCAUCCUGACCAACUUUGAGUUUGACGCCGAGAAGUACUUCAACUACUCGCCGCUCUUCCUCUCCACCCAGUUCGCCUUGUCUUACGGCCUGUCGUUCGCCGCUGUCGCCGCCGUCAUCGUCCACGUCUUCUUGUACCACGGCUCCGAGAUUUGGUCCCAGUUCAAGCUCGCCCGCCACCAGGAGGACGACGUGCACAUGCGCCUCAUGAAGAAGUACCGCGACGCCGAGGACUGGUGGUACGGUGCCCUCUUUGUCAUCAUGCUGGGCAUCUCCUUUGCCGUCGUGUGCGCCUGGCCCACCGGCUUCCCGUGGUGGGGCUACGUUGUCUGCAUGAUCCUGCCCUUGGUCUGGACCGUCCCCAUCGGCAUCAUCCAGGCCAUCACCAACACCCAGCUCGGCCUCAAUGUCCUGACCGAGUUCAUUGUCGGUUACAUGCUGCCCGGCCGCCCCCUCGCCAUGAUGAUGUUCAAGAACUACGGCUACCUCUGCAUGUCCCAGGCGCUGUACUUUGCCCAAGACCUCAAGCUCGGCCACUACAUGAAGGUCCCGCCCCGCACCAUGUUCGCCUCCCAGCUCGUUGCCUCCGUCUGGUCCGCCAUCGUCCAGAUCGCCGUCAUGAACUGGGCUCUCGGCUCCAUUGAGGGCGUCUGCACCGAGGAGCAGGCCAACUCGUACACGUGUGCCAACGCCAAGGUCUUUUACACGGCCUCUGUCAUCUGGGGUGCCAUUGGUCCCAAGCGCAUCUUCAGCGGCCAGGCCCUCUACGCCAACCUGCAGUACUUCUGGAUCGUCGGUGCCAUCACGCCCAUCAUCACCUGGCUGCUGGCCCGCCGCUUCCCCAAGAGCAUCUGGCGCUACGUCAACACGCCUCUCAUCUAUGGCGGCUCUGGCUGGCUGCCGCCCGCAACAGUGUACAUUUACCUCUGCUGGGGCACCGUCGGCACCGUCUUCAACUACUUUAUCCGCCGCCGCUGGAACGGCUGGUGGCUGCAGUACAACUACGUCACGUCGGCCGCCCUCGACAGCGGCCUCAUCGUGUCGACCCUCAUCAUCUUCUUCACCCUCUACCUCACGCUGGCCGAGGCGCCCAACUGGUUCGGCAACGUCGGCGUGUUCAAGACGGCCGACUUCACCAAGGCCGCCAUUCAGCAGCCCCUGCCCGAUGGUGCCACUUUUGGUCCGACCUCCUGGCCGUAG